UUUGGCCACUCAUUUUGCGUUUUUGUAUAGCGCAGUUUCUGAAAUUAUUCAAAAACUCCACUUCCCACUUUCCAUGAUGCUACACAAAAGUGACCAAACUCAUUUCCCCAAACAUUUCGCACCUGCUGUGGUGGUUAAUGCCAUUUGCUUGUUUUUAAUGUUCCUGUGCUUAUCAGGAGUGCAAAGCGUCACAGAACCUACAUUCACGCUACCACAUCGCGGCUGUUAUUAUGCGGCAUGGUCAACGUAUCGUGUUGGGAAAGCCCGAUUUCUUCCUCGACAUAUUGAUGCAUCGUUAUGCACAAUUAUCUAUUACGCAUUCGGUGAUAUUCAUUUGGACACAGUCGGAAGUGCAAAUGCCAUUCCUAGCGUCCAAACUACUCCCAAACCAACUUUCGGUUUCCUGACCAAAGCCGGCGCGUCGCCGUAUUUCAAUGCAUCUCUAUCGGUGAUGGAUAGCGCUAUGGAGAUCCGUUAUGUUAGGCGAAGCUAUCCCAAUAUCAAACUCGUUUUGAGCGUUGGCGGCUGGGGCACUGUCAAUUCUUUUAAUGCCAUUGCGGCUUCCUCGGAAUUACGUAAAUUUUUCAUAUCAUCCAUGAUUUCUGUCGUACGACAGAUCGGUUAUGACGGACUGGAUAUAAGCUGGGAAUAUCCAGCCAAAAAGGAUCUCCAAUACGCUACGCUGUUAUUUUCGGAGAUCCGCGAACAGUUAAACAUCGAAGCACAGAACAGCGGGAAGCCGCGACUGAUUUUCACAGCGGCUGUUACAAACACCAGCAUAGAAGGAUACAACGUAGCAGAAAUGAUUAAAAAUCUGGAUCUGAUCAACAUUAUGGCGUAUGAUCUGCAUAACCCAUUAAUGGAACCCACAGAAACCGGACAUCACAGCCAACUGUUUCCGCCUUUAUCCAAUACAUCCUCCACAAACGUUAAAGAUGUGGUGGAGGGAUGGGAGAAAGCCGGUGCUCCAAAGAGCAAAAUCGUCGUGGGCCUGGCCACGUACGGCGACACAUGGAACCUCACCUCGCCCGGUUCAUUUGGACUGGGAGCGCCGGCUGCCGGUCAUGGACCGUUGGGCUUUUACACGCGCAGCCCCGGUUAUCUGGCCUACUACGAAAUCUGCGAAAAAAUCCGUUCAGGAGAGCUCUUGGCCAUAACCCCGCCCGAUAUCCAGACACCCUACGCCCAUUCCGCCAACGGCAAAUGGUGGAUCAGUUACGAAGACGAGAACAGUCUUCGCACAAAAGUGCGAUGGGUUACCGGAAAAGGCUACGGCGGCAUUUUCGUAUGGGAUAUCACUUUUGACGAUUUUUUCGGCAACUGUGGAGUGAAGUAUCCUCUGUUAUAUGCUAUCAAAUCCGAACUGAAAGUAUAACCAGUCGCACUGCACCGACCGCCCAAGAAACCGAUAAUUUCAUUUUUCCUGAUCUCUUCUCUGAUUGCUAAGUUAAUGCCAUCCACUUGACGUAACCCAUUAAAUUACGCAUCGUAAUUUUGCCACCAUGGUUACUGCAAUCAAGAUUCGGCACGAAAUUAAA